GCGGGCUCGCGCAGUGUUGUUUUGUCGCCUGGCAACCGGCCGGAUUGCGGCCUGGCGCUGGGAAUCGCUGUGUGGAUCCAGGAUGAUUGAAUACAGCUAUUUUGGUCACAUUCAUCUUAACAGAGUGAUAUCUUGAAGCAGCAAGAUCUUCUUAACCAGGGGAUAGAGGAUGGGUAAGAAACAAAAGAAGGAAGUUGAGGCAUCUCCAAAAGAUGCGUUUAAUUCACUUAUUAUUGAGAGCAAAAAUGUACAGACUGUAGUUCUUAUGCUGGAUUCACCAGAGGAUGAAAUUUUGCUUAAAGCAUGUGAAGCCAUAUACAAGUUUGCCGAAAAAGGUGAUGAAAACAAAAUGGCUCUCCUGGCCCUUGGAGCUGUUCCGAAGUUGGCUAAAUUAAUAUCCCAUGAUGACAAACAAAUUCAUAUGUAUGCUACAAUGGGAUUUGGAGUGAUGGCAACCAAUAGUGAAGUUCGAAAAUCAAUGAGGCAGUUGGAUUUUCUACCAUCCAUUAUUGCAUGCCUAGCUCCAGAUGAUGAUGUUGUUGUCCAUGAACUUGCUACACUGUGUCUAUCUUCUAUGUCUAUUGAUUUCACUAGUAAAGUGGAAAUUUAUGAGAAAGGUGGGCUGGGACCACUUAUUCAACUUCUUUCAAGCCCUGACCCUGAUGUUCAAAAGAAUUCCAUUGAGUGUAUUUCAAAUUUAGUUAAGGAUUAUGUGUGUCGUGUCGCCCUUAAUAAAAUGAAUGGAAUAUUUCCUGUGCUGAACCUACUAAGCUCUGAAUAUCCUGUCAUUCAACAAUUGGCGCUGCAAACCUUAAUAACCACCUCCAAUGAUGCAGUGAGCAGAAAGACACUGUUUCAGAAUGAAGGUCAUGAAAGCCUUCUGCAGGUUCUUGAUUCACCGGAAUUGAGUGAUCUUCAUGCAGAUGCAUUGCAUGUACUAGCAAACUGUCUGGAAGAGGCACAGAAUGUUACAAUUAUCCGUGAAUCAGGAGCUCUGGAAAAGUUUUUGUUAUUUGUAGCUACCUCCUCGUUUCCUGAAGCACAGAGGCAUGCAACUAAUGCAAUAACAAGAUCAGCUCGUAACAGUGAAACCAGAAACAUUUUCCAUCAAGAAGGUUUGGAAAAAGCAUUGGUGAUUCUUUUAGGAAUCAAUAAUGACGCAGUCAAAAUAGCUGCUUGUGAAGCUGUGUCAGUUAUGUGUUCAUCUGAGUCUAGCAAAGAGACUUUCAGAACUGAAGAAGCUAUUGUUCAGAUAGUUCCACUACUGACAAGUGACAAUGUGGAAAUGAGAGAAGCUGCUGCAUUAGCUCUAGCAAAUUUAACAACUGCUAAUUCCAGCAAUGCUAGUGCUGUAUUCGAUGCUGAAGGCGUGGAACCAUUGGUGAAAUUGCUGACUGAGCCCGUGGAUGGCAUUGUUGUCAAUGCUGCUGCUACAAUUACUAAUCUAGCCUUACAGGAACCGAUACGUGCAAGUAUUCAGAAUUGUGGGGCUAUGACUGCCAUUGUGGAACCAUUGAAGUCUACUAACACGUUGGUUCAGAGCAAGGCUGCACUACUUGUGGCAUCCUUAGCUUGUGAUGUAAAUGGAAGAACAGAGCUUAGAAAUGUAGGUGGUUUGGAACCACUUGUUGAACUGCUCCAUUCUAAUAAUGAUGAAGUGAGACGCAAUGCUUGCUGGGCUGUACUUGUUUGUGGAAAAGAUGAGCCAACAACAGCUGAACUUUGUAAACUGGGUGCUUUGGAGAUCCUGCAAGAAGUAAACCAAUCCUCAAGUCGCAAGAAUAAUUUUAGUGAUGCAGCUGUGAAAAGACUGCUUGACCAUAAUGCAGCUCUCAAAUAUUCUUUGACUGGCUACUUGUCAUUCAACGACAUCAUCACUGAUGGUUUCUAUGAUCCUGGUUGGGCACCACACACAACUCCCCACUACUAUCCUGGAACCUGCAACAACCAUUCCUGUGCCUGCUCUAUCCAUGUCUCCGAAAUGACCACAACAUCGAAAUCCCAGAUCAAACCAGGCAUGAAGGUAUUGCCUUUGGAAGAACUCAGUAAUCAAGAGGUGAACCAGCACCGGCCAAUAUUGCUAAUUAAUGCCAAAAGAGCAGAUGGACAUCAGAUGGCAGGAUUGUCUGCAGAAGAAAAACUCACUGAAACUCCGUCAGCUGCCAGUAAUCGUUUCCCUUCUAGCAAAGCAUACAGCAAAGAUAAACCAUCCAGCAAAGGAAGAAGCAGAGGGAAGAAAGAAGAGGAAAAAGUUAAAGAGGAACAACCUCAGUCCAAGAUUGAGGAGGAGGAGAGAAAUAAACCAUGGGAAUGUCCUUAUGAUGUACUUUUUGAUGCUUACCUAAGUGAAAUUACAAGAAAUAUUUUACCUCUCCUCAGCAUCAGAGAACAAAUUGUGGCUCUUGCAACGUUUGUUUCUGAAAAGAUGGGUGGACCUAUACACAAGGAAAAGCUUCAUGAAUUCAACUGGGAACUACACAUUGCUGACCUGAAAUUUGAAUUAAAAUCCAACAUCAUCCCCAUUGGCAAAAUUCAGAAAGGUGUCUACUACCACAGAGCCCUUCUAUUCAAGGCUUUAGCAGAUAGAAUAGGAAUCAGUUGCAGUCUUGUUCGUGGAGAGUAUAACCGAGCCUGGAAUGAAGUCAUGUUGGUUGACCAACCAACCCAAGAUGUUAUUGGGCUUUUCAUUCCACCAACAAAAUACAUUGUGGAUCUUAUGCACCAAGUAGGCAACUUGAUGAGGACUGACAGUCCUGAUGCAGCACACUAUGAAAGUUACAGUAGUUGUAAACAUACUACUUGUAAAUGUUGCAAACAGUUGUCUUGGUACCUAGAUCAUUUUGAAAAUAAAUAAAUAAAUUGCUAAAGUCUGCAUUUGACAAAUUUGAUAGAUUUAAACAGAUUGCAAAUUGGUGCUACAAAAUUGUAAAUGCCAUCUUAAAAAUUGACCAUUGAGUCACCAUGCCAGUUUGUUUAGUUUAAAUAUUUAUAAUAAUCUUUGCUAUAUUCAUUUUUAUCACCUAAUGAAAUGACCUUUUCUCUAAAUGGGAGCAUUUAACGAUUACUGAUAUGUUUAUGUGUUACUUGAUUUUCACACAAACCAUUCAAUUGCUCUUCUUCUUGUUAGCAUUUCCACAACUUGUGUAGGUGUGUUGUUUUACAUUAUAAAUGGAAUACCAAAUAAAUUAAUAUUACAACGA